AAUUACUGUUAUUUUUUUUGCAGCCAUGGGUGAAAUGAAUUGGAUUCAGCGCAAGAUCUUCCUCUACAAUGUUACUUUUGGGCUUUAUAUGUUGGAUUGGUGGGAACGCUGUACUUUCAAUAUUUUGCUGAUUGUAUUAAUGUGGUUCGUGAUACGAUAUGUUACUGAGUUUUUCAGGAGGUAUGUCUUCAAGCAGUAUAUGUAGAUGAUGACUUGAGAAUUCAUAUUAGUUGCAUUUGGUGUAGCUGACUAGGAAAAUAUCCUAUAGCAGUUUGAUAUGAACUGACUUUGGAGUUUCUUCAAGCUGCCAACAGAAAUUGCGCAUCUCAUGCUUGUUGUGCA